AUGGCUACGCUGCAGCAACCCAUGAAUGCGUUCACCAGAGACUAUGUCUCGAUCUCCGACCACGCAUUGUUCGUCUUUGGUCGUCUCCCGUUCCAUGCUGCCCUGGCUGAUGUAUAUCGAUCCUUCCUUACGCACAGGAUCGGAAACUUGCACACCGCAGCGCUCGUCAGCACCGAUGCUUCCAUCGAAAGUUACUGCAUUCCAAACUUCGAUUCCCCGUCUGUCUUUGCGCGCAUCUUGGACAAGAAGAAGGGCGGACACUUCUCGAUUACACCCACGGUCCCGUACAACGCCAAGCAGAACUAUGCAUCUAGCUCCAACGUUCUGCAUACCAAGUUUAUGAACGAAGGAGGGGUGGUCACCAUCACUGACUUCCUGCCCCGUCAACCCGUUCUGCCUCUCGGUGGAACCAAGCAUCCACUCCUUCCGUGGCUAAUCCGACGCGUCGAGGUCGUUCGCGGCACCGUCCCUCUCCGCGUCGAAUGCGCCCCCGCCUUCAACUACGCACGAUCCAAGCACACGACUGACAUCGUCCCCUCGCACUCUGACGGCACCAGCAAAGCGGUCUUUCAAUCUGACCUUCUCACCCUGGACCUUCGCUUCGUACCCGAAAGCACCAUGCCGAACGUUCCUGCGCCGCAGAUCGACCUGGCCCUGCUGGAUCUAUCGGAGCUUGGACAUCUGGGACACGCUAUCCAAAGCGAGAUGACACUCACCGAGGGCCAAUGCGUGACCUUCGUGCUACGCCAUCUGCCGAGCCCAGCUCAAGCUGGGUCGGUCCUGCCUAGAAGUGAUCCGCCCUUGACUGUGGACUUUGUGAACAGUCUUCUCACCGCAACGAACAAGUACUGGCUCGAUUGGAUUCGGCAGUCGACGUACAACGGCUCGUGGAAAGAAGCUGUCCAUCGCAGCGCCCUAGCCUUGAAGCUGCUUAUCUAUGAGCCUACCGGUGCGGUUGUGGCGAGUCCGACCUUCAGCCUACCAGAGUACAUCGGCGGGACACGGAACUGGGAUUAUCGCGCAUCCUGGAUUCGUGACUCGUCGUUCACGCUCUAUGCGCUGAUCCGACUGGGGUUCACCAAAGAAGCAGAUGCUUACAUGGAAUUCAUCUUCGAGCGGCUACGAAACAAGAACCCCGAUGGCAGUUUGCAAAUCAUGUACACUAUCCAUGGGGGCUCAGAACUCGAAGAGAUCGAGUUGACCCAUCUUGAUGGACAUAAAGGAUCAAAGCCAGUGCGGAUUGGAAAUGGGGCCGCAGAUCAUGUUCAGUUGGAUAUCUACGGUGAACUCAUGGAUUGUAUCUAUCUUGGCCAGAAGGUAAAUCUUUCGUCUUCCUCGCCUUACAACUCGUACCCAUACAUCUUUGCCAGUCUGGGAGACCGUUAUCUUAUGACACAUGGUCAGUCGCAGAGACUGUCCCGUUUCAUCAUUGACCGCCUCGUCCUCAGGCUCUUGGUGCGAGACCUAGUGGACUACGUCGUCGCAAAUCUGCACCAACCAGAUUUAUCUAUCUGGGAAGUCAGAAACAAGAAGCGGCAUUUUACGUAUUCCAAAGUGAUGCUUUGGGUCGCUAUCGAUCGUGGCCUCCGUCUCGCAGACAAACGGUCCCUUCCCUGCCCGAAGCGUCUGGAGUGGCUCGCUGCUCGUGAUGCACUGUACGAGGAGAUCAUGACUAAAGCAUGGAACCCGGAGAUGCAGGUCUUCGGUCAAAGCUACGAGGAUCGCGACAUUCUCGAUUCUGCGGUGCUGAUUAUGCCGUUGGUGUUCUUCAUCCAACCGAGCGACCCCCGAUUCAUGGGGACGCUGCGGCAGAUCCUGAAAACGCCGGAACGCGGCGGGCUGACUGCCAAUAACUUGGUCUACCGCUACGAUGUGAGCAAAGCUGAUGAUGGUGUUGGUGGCGAGGAGGGCACAUUCUGUCUCUGCACCCUUUGGUGUGUCGAGGCACUGACACGUGCCGGUGAAUACGACCUGCCCAUGCUGCAGCGGGCUGUCUCGAUGUUUGAGGACUUUUUGCUCUACUUGAACCACGUGGGCCUGUGCACCGAGGAAAUAUCUGAUGCUGGCGAAGGUCUUGGGAACGCCGUUCAAGGAUUCACGCACGUGACGUUGAUUUCUGCUGCUUAUAACUUGUCGAGGACCAUGACCAAGAAAACCAAGUUCUAAUCGUCCUUGUAAUGAUUUGGCGAAAUAUAGAUCAGAAUGUACUGUGCAAGAACGAAGAGAUGAUAUUUUACGCUGCUACGAGU